AUAAGGAAGUUGUUUCCACUUGAGCUACUGCAGGCCCUCCAAAACUUAGAGGUGAUUACAGUUUUUUCUUGCCAUCAAAUGCAGGAGAUCAUAGCAUCAUUAGAUUCGGAUGCAUCAUCGUCAGAUAAAUUCACUUUCACCUUUCCUAAGUUAAGGGAAUUGCGCUUGUGGGACUUACCCCAAUUGAAGAGCAUCUGCAGUGCCAAAGGAGUUAUGGUUUGUAAUUCUAUUGAAACAAUUGAAAUAGGUGGAUGUUCGGGAAUAAGGAAGUUGUUUCCACUUGAGCUACUGCAGGCCCUCCAAAACUUAGAGGUGAUUACAGUUUUUUCUUGCCAUCAAAUGCAGGAGAUCAUAGCAUCAUUAGAUUCGGAUGCAUCAUCGUCAGAUAAAUUCACUUUCACCUUUCCUAAGUUAAGGGAAUUGCGCUUGUGGGACUUACCCCAAUUGAAGAGCAUCUGCAGUGCCAAAGGAGUUAUGGUUUGUAAUUCUAUUGAAACAAUUAAAAUAGAUGGAUGUCCGAAGUUAAAGAGGAUCCCUGUGCAACUUCCCUAACUUGAUAACGGCCAACCAUCUCCUCCUCCUCAUCUCAGAGAAAUCAAGAUACAUGAAAGUUCAAAAGAAUGGGGGGAAGCAAUGGAGUGGGAUCAUCCUAACGCUAAGAACCUCCUCCAACCCUUCUUGAAAUAUUUUUAGAUAACCGUGGGAUUGAGGAUUGAAGUGAAGAGCUGCAAACUACAAAUGUAAAGCCACGUGCCACCUCAAUAACACGUGCCAA